AUGACAUUCAAUUCGGUAACUUGUCGAUAUGAAACAGUAAUUAAUAGAUUGCCAACUAAUACUAGCUAUGAGUGGAAAGUUGCUUAUAAUGAAAACUGGGGUGGAGAUCAAGGAUGUAAUGGAGAUGCUAAUUGUCAAUUUAACAGUGGUUCUGCUGGUGCAGUACUUCUUAUCUAUAAUCCAUUUAGUGGACAACUGACGACAAUCUCUAUAAGUAGUAGUGAAACAACAGCUCCAGUUGUCUCUACUUCUGCACCAUCAGUAUGUUCAAAUUCAUUCAAAGAUUGUAUAGUUCGAGCAUCGGAAGAUUAUCAAACUGAAUUAGGUAGUGCAGCUCCAUGCAUUGGCUGUGAAAAUGGUGCUAAUUGUAAAUUUUCAACAAGUGCAUCUGGUACUGUUGAACUUGUUUUUGAACCUAGUUCAAAGCAAUUAUCAUUUCGUCCUCUUGCAACUAUUUGUGGUAAUGGUCAAUGUGAAUUAGGUGAAACAUGUCCAAGUGAUUAUGGUAAAUGUCCAAUAUGUGGUGAUAGUAUAUGUCAAACAAGUGAAACAUAUCAAACAUGUUCACAAGAUUGUUCAAAUGAACUAUCUGGAUGUGGAAUAUUUAAAGAAGAGAGUUGUGUAGAUGAUUCACAAUUUCAUGCAACACCAGGUGUUGAAGAAAAGCGUUGGCAAACACCAAAACCUAAUAUGAAUGGUUAUCAAUCAUCAUUUCAAGAUUAUCAUACACUUGUUGGCUAUGCUGAUAUCAUCUAUAUAGAUACUGAUCGUCUUGCAGCUGAUGUUUGUCUUCAAACAAAACAUCGUCAAUCAAAUUCAAUCACAUUAACUUAUUUUUUUGAUGGUAUUGCACAAGCAACAAAAUAUAAACAUUAUACCAGUGCAUAUACUGAUAUUUUAUCGGCAGUUAUAACUGGAAGUGAUAGAUCAACAUUAGAAUUACCUGAACUUGAUUUUAUAUGGAAUGCUAAACUAAUCUUUAGUCGAUCAGGUGAUUAUCGCAAUGGACAAAAAGGAGCUAUAGCAGAAAUGUUUGGAUGGCCACAUAAAGAUGUGAAAGAAAAAUGUGAAUUUCUUGGUAAAGCUGGUUAUUUAGGUGUGAAAUUACUUCCUGUUCAUGAACAACUUAUGUCAACACAACCAUUUGAAAAUGCUAUGAAUCCAUGGUAUUUUAUGUAUCAGCCAGUUUCAUAUAAUUUAGAUGGUCGAAUGGGUACACGUGAAGAAUUACAUGAUUUAAUUCAAAUAUGUCGAAGUUAUGGUGCUCGAGUAUAUAUAGAUGCUGUACUUAAUCAUUUUACAGGUGUUGGUAAUGAUCUUAAUCAACAUCGCAAUCCAAAUAGUGGUUGUGUCAAAUGGGGUAAUAAAACAAGUAGUACACCUAUUGAACGUCAAUCACCAUUUUAUACACAUGCUUUUACUUAUCAAUACAAUUCGAAUACAGGAAAAGCGCCAUCAAAUGAAUUUCCAGCUGCUGCUAGUGGUCCGGAAGAUUUUCAUUGUGAUCGUCCAAAAGUUGGUCUUGUUGAUAUGUUAAGUUUAGGUGCUAGUGGUUUUCGUAUUGAUGCAGCUAAACAUAUAUCACCUGAAGAUUUAUCAGCAAUAAUGAAAAAAGUUCAAAUUAAAAUGGGUGGUAAAUUACCAGAUGAUUUUUUUGUCUGGCUUGAAGUUCUUACAGGUGGAGAAGCACAAUAUAUUUGGACAGGACCUUCAUGGUAUGGUACUAAGUUUACAAAUAUUCUCAAACAAGAUCUCAUUUUAGAUUCAGAAGUGGAUAAGAUCAAAAUGUGGGAUGGUCUUUAUCCAAAAGAACUAUUUCAUAAUCCAACUGUACCAUGUCAUCGUGUAGUUAUUCAAAAUGAUGAUCAUGAUCAACAAAAUCCAGUUCAUCGCAAUUUUGAAAUUCGUCUUUUUACGAAUCCAAACGGUGUAACUGAUAAUAAUAAUGAUUGGCCUAUUCGAUUUAUUCUUUCAUCUUAUUAUCAUACGUAUGGAGAUCUUGGUAUACCUGAUAGAAAAUCAUCAUGUGAUCUAUGUACCGUAAUGUGUGAAACAUGUCGUAAAUCAGUACCUUAUAUCAAAGCAUAUGAACCUAUGGCAUGUGCAUAUGUUGGUAAUGGAUGUACACGUACACAUCGUGAUAUACCUGUAAUCAAUGCAAUACGCGCAUGGAUGAAAUUAACACCAAUAUCAGGAGCAUCAUUGGAUAUUGGACACUGUACUUAA